AUGAGAAGAGCAUCCGAGGUGAAGGGAGUGCUUGCCGGCAAUGCACCUCAAGAAAGUAUUGUGUUAGUUGGGCGCGCGUUUCGAGAGCUUCUCGAAACGCGCGCCAGGAGUGUGCAACUGUCAGUGCAGGUAUUUGACAAAGUGGUUCAAGGAGUCACUUACACGAAGAAGGUGACUCUGCGCAAUCGUGAAAGCGUUGGGAGGCGCAUGAGAUUAGAGAUCGACCCGAAAAGUCCGUUUCGAAUUUCCCUGCCAAAGUACCCGGGAGGUGGCGUCCUUCUGGAUUCACUUGCUGGCAGCUGCCGCGAAGAGCAAACAAACCCACGUGUCUCAGGAAUUGUAGCGACUGGAAUGUGCGUUCAGGUUUGGGUUUCUUUCUGCCCAACGCCUUCCGCACCGGAGGCGACGGGCCUGCUGGAGCUCCACACAGAGAAGGGCGCAUUCGCAAUACCGCUUCUAGCCCGCAAAGAGCCCCCUUCGUUGUUUUCUUUACCUCGCGUGUUAGACUUUGGCGCCGCGCGCCCGGGAGAGUCAGUUGCAAUGGAACUGUGUCUGCAAAAUGAGGGAGGAGAGGGGACUGUAAGGGCUUUGAUAUCUCCACAUGCUCCAGGCGGAAGCAAAGAGAGAGCUGUGUCUUGUUGCCCCUUUUUAUCCACAAAAAGGCAGCCUCAAGAAGCAGCACCUCUUACUCUUAAGGAGUCCGCGAAAGUGCCUUACACUGAGUGGCUGGAGGAUUGUGAAGAAGUAUUUACGGUGUUGAGAGAGGAUUUCUUGUUGACUCGGGGGGACAGAGGGGCUUCGCUUAUGUUACGGUUUACUCCAAGUAAACCGGGACAGUUCUCUGCGUCUUUGCAACUCAUAUCAGCAGCCCAAUACGCUCCUGAUGGAGAAGAGCUAAACAUUCUUGCUACAGUUGAACUCCGGGGGUUCGCAGAGGCAGCUGCACUGACCCUUAAAGAAUUCUGUGGCACUCAGUGGCCCUCACACCUCCCUUUUUCCUUUAUGCCUGAACUCUGCCUCCUGCCAGGGCUGAUGGCAGCAGAAUCAGUUGCUACGAAAUCCGGUGGUCACCCACACAGUGCGUUUAAAGCAGAAGAAGUAAAGACAGCAGCUUCAACAGGAGAAAUUUCAGCAGAAGUAUUGGCACCAGUGGGCCGUAAAAUGGAAGAUUAUGUUCGUUUCACCGAAGCCCAGCUGUUUCAGGCCGUGAGAUGCCUACUACCUCGCAUUAUGGACUUUGGCUGUUCUUUGAUUGUAAAUGUUUCUUCCGGCGCUCUCCUCUCUCCGCAAGCCAUUGCGUGCCCAGAGAGUGCUCACGGCCUCUCAUCCACGAAUGGGGUGAAAGAAAAAAUUGAAAAAGAUAACGCAGAUAAAUGCGAAGAGAGUGACACUGUUAAAAGCAAAGAACAGGGAAGAGCUGGGGAAGAAGACCCGACGGAGCUCAAAGUGCGCUGGACACCCCUCUUUGCAGAGCCGGAUUCAAGAUGCCAUAACGCUGAAAGGGGUGGAAAACUGAUACAUAUGGAGUGCUUGGAGGCUGCGGGAGACAAAAGCCCUAAGGAGUGGCAGCUGCUGCGUCUUCAGCAGCGUGUCAGAGUGACUCAGCCAAAGGUGGUGGCCUUAGGCAGCGGUACCGCUGGAGACAAGUUGGAAUCUCCUACCACUAAACGUAUGAGGCCAUGCGCAGUACAAAGUGUAGUCUUAAGGUUUAAGAAUGAGGGGCUCGCUGACGUCUGGCUGUCUGUACACCCUAAUUUUCGGGCACUGAAAAUCUUUGGGCAGAGCCCUCAGCCUUUUGGCUACUUCUGCGUGGCAAGUAAAGAACAACACGUUGUCUCUCCAGGAGCGAAGGGGAAGCUUGUCAUGAGGCUGCUGCCGCUUUGCUGCGGUACUAUGUCCAUGGAUGUUCCUCUUUCCGUGUUUCCACCCAAAGAGACGGAUAUUCCGACGUUGGCUCCUCUUUCCGAUGCAACAGGAGCCCCUGCAGCGAACGGUUGCGAAGAGCAGUUACGUUUGGUGUUCCCCCUUUGUAUUGAAGUAUUUGGCCCUCGAGUGUCUCACUUUUGGCCUCCACAAAUUGAUUUUGGGAUGGUGCGCGCUCAUACUCGGACUAGUCGAGCCCUCCUCGUUCGCAACACUUCUCAAGCCCCUGCCGCUGUCCGCCUUCGCUUCGCAACUGCUGACGAGGUUUCUUCCCCAGCAGCACAACACCUUCGGCCUCCGGAGGAUAUGCUUCCGGGAGCUUUUCCCUGUCAUUUCAUUUCUUCACUUAUCAGAGCCCCAAGUGAGGAGCCUGAAAAAGCUGUAGACACAAUCAUGAGCAUAGCAGCAGCAGCAGGAACGGCAACGACGGAGGCUAAAAGUGCCGGAACCAGAGCGCCAGCAGCAGGCAGCGCUGAUGCCUGUGAGGCACGAUCCAGCAAACCGUCUGCAACGGUGCGCUGCUGCACCAAGUGCCUCUGCGUAGACGAGUCUUCGCUUUGCUGUGAGCCUUUUCUUCGUGACCCACUGAACGCAGCAGAUGCUGCUGCAGCUGAGGCCGAAGCAUCUGCAGCAGCUGCAGCUGAUGCUAAGCAGGUUUCUUCUGAUUCAGAAGGCGAGUUUGAAGAGAAUGUUUGCGCAGUCCAACAGCAACACCUGGCCCUACAGCAACAGCUGGCUGCGUGGCGACUACAGCACAAGGAGCGCAAACAACAGCUGGAGCAGGAGCGGAAAGACUUGGUGGUGGUUGGUCUAUCUGGACAGCUAGUGAUAUAUCCGUCGUAUGUCCUGCUACCUCCUGGCGAAGAAGGCAUCUUCCUGCUGACGAUUCGGGCGUCUCACCCUAAAGUUCUGGACACCUUUAUUUUAGUUGAGACGCUGGAAGACAGCCAACCUGUUGCUGUUUCUCUUAAAGCCAAAAUUUCACUGCCACGCCUGCGCCUAAGCAGUCACACUGUAAAUCUGCCGCCAUUGUUCCUGCUGCGGCCUCUGCUGCUGAAGCAGCAGCUUACAGUAUACAAUGACGGAGACAUACCCAUCAAGAUCUGCUGGAAUUCACCUACACAAGUGGGAGAUACGGCAUCUCAGCAGCUAGUGCUACAGCAGGAGGAAGAGCAACAAGUGGCGGAGAGAACUGUUCCGCCUACGGCCACACCUGCCGCACUUGGCCCCUGCGGCUUGCUAGUAACUGUGUCUCCCGCUGAGUGUAUUGUGGGGAGUCGGAGCUUCGUCUCUUUAGAUGUCUCCUGCUUAGGUAUCCUUGCCUCCCCUUGUUUGGUGGUGAAGGCCUAUUGUCAAGGUGCUGGCCUGAUGCUGCCCCUGCAAGUCACAUUUGCGGCUGCGUGCAGCGGGGCAUCCAUUACGUAUGCUCUUUUUACGGAGCAACAGCUCAAAGCCGCCGCUUCACUGUUGCAGCAGAAGCGGUUGCCCCAGGAAGGUAUGAAAGUGUCUGUCCAACACCAGCAUGCACUCAACGCUCUUUUGCAAAAAGGCACGGAGGAGGAACGACAGCACGAGCAAGGCGUCUGUCUGCAUGGGCAAGAUCUUUUAGGGGCCGGCAUUAGUAGCAGAAGCAGAGCAAGCAGCGUUGCGUCACCUCGCAUUGAAGAUGAAAAUGAAGUGCAACAAAGGCCAAAAGGUGUCGCUGCAACACUUAAGGCUGCCGGCAUCGGCACUUGGGGCGUUCUGAAGCAGCAGUGGGAUUCGGCGCCUCACAGUAGCGAAAGGGCACCAGAGGUGGAGCUUCCAGCCUUAACUGUGGGAGGGGAAAGCUCCUUUCUCUAUUUGUUGGCUAUAAAUGAUUCGCCCAUCAAGACCACAAUCCGGCUGGACGCUUUGACAAGUGCUCACCAGCAGCAGCAAACGCAGCAGCAGGAACCGAUGCUGCGGCAGCAACGGAUACGGCACCCAUCAUAUUGUGAGGAUGGCAGACCAGUGGGCACACUCAUGUGCCCAGACUGUAGCAGCAGUAGCAGCAAAAUCUAUAACGAAGUGGGAAGCAGCAGCAGCAGGGAAAUCCUGUCGUCUUGGCUUGCUCAAACAGACGCAUGCUUCACCUACUGUACAAACAGCAGCAGCGACAGCAGCAGUAGCAGCAGCGCCAGGGACCACAAUAAUACCAGCGGAACUAAGGGCAGGACUGGUGGAGUUCUUGAUUCAGACUAUCUGUCUGCUGAGGCCCUAUUAGUUCAAGCAGCCUCUUUUGCUGCUCCUUCUGAGAUGCAGCAUUCGUUUCUGGGCUCGCUUCAUGCAGAUCGACCAUCGUUUAAGACUGCUGCUGGUGUACGUGCACUUCAGAUGACAGCAGCAAGGCAGCGGCGGCAGCAGCUGCUGAGGGUUACCGAUGAAGGCUUGGUGAUAAUUCCUCACCCUGAAAGCAGUUGCGUGCUGCAGCAGCAACAAGCUGCAUUGCUUGCCCUAGAAAUGCUUGCUUCUCUUCCCGCGAACUUUGACGCAGCCCUGAGGCUGGCACUGGAGCCAUCGUUGCCAUCUCCGCAACAGCUGCAGCAACAACAGCAACUGGUGCAACGCCAAGCUGUAACACUUAUACCUCUCAAAGUCCCAGUGAGGGGUCCCUUGUUGCAGAUCCCUUCACCCCAGCAAUGUCUUCGUUUCCGGGACUCCAUGCCACCUCUCAUAACUGCCCAGAUUGCCCUACAGCAGCCUUCCAUGGUAGAGAAGGGACAGAAGCAGCUACAGCAGAAGCAGCACUCAAAUUUCACUAGCUAUAGAACCAAAACGAAGCUCAUGCUCCUCAAAAUGGCUGCCAAAGACCCGCAGGUUGCCGAGCCAGCAGCAGCUGUAGCAGACACAACGACUCAGCAGAAACGGCAGCAGCAAUGCCAACAGGGGGACAAGGAGCAGCGCAUAACCUUUAGAAUAGAGAACAGCAGCAGCAAGUGGCUGCACGUUAAUUGGAUUCUGUUUGACAUUGGCCUUUGGGAAAUGCAGCAGAAAUUGGAGAGGCAGCUGCAGCAAGCUGCCACCUUGCGGGAAGCAGCCAUUGAGGCACUGCGCCAGCGUGUGGUCGGGACGGCGUGCGAAGCAGAAGCAGCCGCAGAAGCAGCAGUGGGUGCAGCAGCAGCAGCCACUUCCGUUGCUGCACCUACGACUGUUGCACCCAGCCGAAAGCCACAGAGGUCACAGCCAGCCAAAACUCCCGACCUAGCAGUACUAGCAGCAGAAGCAGCGGCUGCAGCUGCAGCUGCUGCUGAGGAAGCUUCGAUGAGGGCUACAGAAGCGGCGGCCGCCGCUGCUGAAUUUGGCUUACUGAAGACAAACGUUGGAUGGAAAGCUCUGGGGGAAGCGGCAACACCCGCAAAAGCCUCAGCAGCAGCGGCAGAUGGAGAUGUAAUAGCGACAGAGCCUCUACCCAAUACAACUCUCGAACUCGAAAACAGCCGGAAACACCCGUCAUUAUACGCUUCACCAAAUCCACUAACGCAGACAGAUAGAAAGGCAGUUGCAGGAGAAGCUGCCGCAUCUGCAGUAGUAAGCAAAGCUGCAACUGCCCCGCAGGAAGGACCUGACGGUGUUCUACAAGACCCUUCUCUCGGUGCUCGAAGAGAUGGUCUCGCUGACUUGGUGUCAACAGAUGCAUUGGCACCAUCAUCAGCAGUACCAGGCAGCGCACAAGAAACACUGCCUACGAGCUCAGAGGAGAAACCAACAGCAAAUGCAGCAGCAGCAGCUGCAUGGGCCGACCGCUACGCUGAGCUGCUCCCCCCUCAGCAUUGUCUGGUGUCAGACAUGAUGCCUCUUUCACCUGAAACCCGGGCUGUUGCUGCCGCAGCGGAAGUGCUGCGCUCCCAGAAAACCGCAGCCCUGACGGGACCCCAGACAGACUUGCAAUCAAGAGCAGAAAAGCGAGCAGGUCAGGUCAACGAGGCAGCUGUACGUGUUUAUGGCGAUGCCGAGGCGAGCCCUACAGGGUUGACUGCUCACGCAGCGGGUGAGCGGACAAUAAAAGCGGUUGCUUCAACACAGGGCAGUGCAACUACAUCGUUGUUGCACAGUUGCGACAACUCCUGGAGUGCAAGAGGCAGACGAUGCAGCACCGAGCUACCGCAGCCGAGUUUCAAUGCAGAUGGGAUGCUUCGCUGUCCAGCCAUGAAGAGCACAAAACCAACUGCUUCAGUAGAAGCAGCAGCCCUAGCAGAAGUAGCAGAGCCUGCAAUAGCUAGUGUGGCAUCUUGUCACAAGGGUAUUGCCAUGCCUCGCAUGGAGCCCUCCGAAUUCGUAUUGGCUCCUUACGGCACUAUCGAGGUGUCUCUUUGCUGUGGGGCUCUCCAGACUUCCCCAGGGUAUCACAGACUCAGAGCUGUGGGCUUUGCGGUCCCCAUCUCUACGGAAGCAGCACAAACAGGAAAAACAGCAGGAGCUGCUGCUGCUCGCGACGCAUGCCCUGUCGAGGGAAAGGCCACCAUGGCUUGCAUUUUCUCAGGUCGACGACAUCCGAAAAUGGGAAAGACACAAUCUGAACAAUCAGCAGCUGGUCCAGAAAGCAAAACGAGUGACACAGUGUGCCGACAACAUCAAUUGCAGAAGCGGUUCCUGGGCUGUACAGACGUCAACCCCUCAAGUUGUCCUGUUAAACAGCCUCCCAACCAGCCUCUGCGUUCACUGUUUAAUGACACUUUUGAAGCUGUUUAUCAAAGCCAAACCGCUGGCAUCCCUGCUGAAACCCCUGAAACCAUUGAUGCUGCAGCGGGUCCUGCUGAUGCGGCACCUUCUGGAGUUGCUCACGGUAGUGGGGCUUGUCUGAGAGUCCCUACAGUGCUUGCUGCUACCCCUCUCAUCGUCGACUUCACAAUCCAGACGCGGCUGCCUAGUCUCCGCAUGACGUUUGGCGCAGAAAGCCCCACAGCACCAAUGGAGCCAACAGCAGCAGAACCAGGAACAGAAAAGAAAACAAAAGAAGACACAACUGGGCUCCGAACUUUGUGGUUUGCGUCGGAAGAGGCAGCAUUACCGGAUAGCGAGAACGUGGGUAGCGCAGGCUGGCCCGUUACUGCUGUCUCUAUCCAGAAGGAAGUGAUCCUGCAGCCAGCAAGCCACUGUCAUUCCGUCACCUGCUCUGUUUCUGUAAAGGGAAGAUCGUUCAAACUUGUGAAUGCCGAGCUGCAGCAGCAGCCACAAGAGCAAAAAGAGCGAAUACAGCACACAGGGUGUCAGCGGCAGCAGAACCUUGUCGCGCCAGUCCAGGAGCAGAUGACAUUCACAGUCCAGAGACACCAACAGCUCCGGCUGGCUGUGGAGUUAUGUCCUCCAACAAGUGAAGCAAUGGCCAAAGGAGACGCUUGCUGUUCCGGUCAACUGCUUAUUUCAUAUCCAAUGGCUCAGCCGUCAGGAAGCACCAGCAAGAAUUCUAUGCUGAAGCGUCUGUUAUUGCUCAUACAGAAGCUACAGCAACAGCAGAUUAAGCCGCAGCUGGAAGCGUUAGAAGAGCAGCCCCUCUUCCAAGCCUUGCUGGGAGGCGUUCUUCGAGUGCUGUGGCCAGAAGGGGAUCCUCUUACACUCUUGCUAUUGGGAUUUUCAGCCUUACAGGAACAGCACAAGCGAGGAUUGCAGGGGGCAGGGCAAAGUUUGCUGCUGCUGCAAUAUCAGAAGCUGCUGCAGCGUCUUGACGCCGUUCUGCCUAAAGUUUCAGCGGCUGCUUGUGCACUUCUGGCAGAGAAAAGCUCCUGCGAGCCCUUCGAUGAAAGCGCUGCAGCAGCACCAGCUUCUUCAACUGCUGCUUCUCUAGUGUCCUACAGGACCCAGGUUGUGUCUCUUGUAGGACUAUCCAGGCAAGCGUUUCUUCUGCUUUGGGCUCCGCCCGAGAUGCAUGGUGCGGCUGGAGAAAGGGGUUGGUGUUCCUAUUGUGACCCACAGCGCCCUCUAGUCAUAGACUUUCAAACCAUUCACGUGGAAUCCCGACGGCGUCCCAGCAAAGUGCUACAGGUACGGGCUGUCUCAACAACAGCUGUGGACUGGCGCGUCAUUUUGUGCGGCAACAGCAACAGCGGCAACAGCAUCACAAAACGCAGCAGUAACGAAAGUGAGGACGUGGAAAACAUUGGGACCGCAACGCAGCAACUGGGUUUGGUAGCGGACAACGUGAAAGCAACACGGGCGUUUCAGUUUAGUCCGUCACAGGGGACACUGCAGAGCAUGAAACUCGGGGGAAGAAAGGCAGAAAGCAGCACCGCCUCUAUUCGGAUACGCUUCAUACCCACUCAUGUAGGUCAGUACGCUUGCCUCUAUAAACUGGCAGCUGGCACGGCGGCGCCUCAGUACUUCGAGCUGCGCGGCGCAGCCUCAACGGAUGAAGAGUUUGACGUCAGCGCCAACUUGGGUCAUCUUGAGCCACCUUGCCUGGCUAGCGCUUAG